AUGACCUCCAACCAAACAGUGACUGAGCCGUGCCUUACGCCUAGCAAGCUGGCAAAGCUACCUCUACCUACCUUGCUAUUACGCAAAGGGCCCACUGUAACCGCACCUACCUUUCCUUGCCGAUUUGACAUCUGCAACUUCUUUUUCCACCUCACUCUCCAACAUCCCAUCCCGCCUUCCACCUUACCUUCAACACUAGGCACUCGUUGCGAUCGACGGCUUGAUCUCACCGCCUGCUACUCGCGAGGAUUUUACGAUCUUGAGUCUGAGCGACACGCACUUUUAACAGGACGACCCGAACAUACAUUGCUUGGCAAAGCUAUUGUCACGGAAGCCCGUGAGGACGACCUGCACCCGGCCUCGCACUUCUGUGCCUUUCUACCCCAAGCUUUCUCGUCAUCGCCUGGUCGAUUUCUUUUCACGUUUUGA